AUGCCAAAGGCCCUUUUAUUGAUAAGAAUUUAUUUCUCCCGAAAUAAUUUAGGCGAGGAAAGAUGCGUCCUUUCCGCUUGGAAUACAAAGUCCGCCGAUUCCUAUUCCUUGGGCGAAUGGUCCGACUCAGAUUGCUCGACAGUUCGCCCUUGGGUCUGCACAAUGCCAUUUCAGCCGAAUCUGCCAGAUUUGCCCCUCCCGAAUCCAAAUAAUUGCCCUUCUGGAAUGCUUCCUUUCGGCGCGGAUUGCUACGCAUUUUCUGAUGAAAAAUUUACGUUUGACGAUGGACGGGCUUAUUGUGAUAAUACAUUUGGAAAGGAAUUUAAGAAGGGCAAAGCGGAUUUGGCCUCGGUCAUUCAUCCCUAUGAAAAUGAAUUUAUACAGAGUAUGCUUGGCGGUGAUUUGACUGGCAGACGAGCUCCAGAACGAGUUUGGCUUGGCCUUCACAUGCCCUCUUCCGGCGAAUUCACUUGGUCAGAUGGCCAUCAUUUCGACUUUUCCAAUUGGUGGAGCGACGAGCCGCAAACUCACUCUGGCGGAGCAGGAGGAACCAUGGAACCAAGCGGUAGAUGGCGCAGUGCUCCCAAGAGCGCCAAGUAUCCGGUCAUCUGCAAAGGGCAGUUUACGUAUCGAGACGAGGAUAGCGUCCAUGAUUAUAGAGGAGAGCUGCUCAACUGCAGUACUCACAGGGACCAUUCUUGGCACCAGUACAAGGAGUACUGUAUUCACGCUACUUCGCAAGAGAGAACUUGGACAGAAGCGCAAAAUCAUUGCCAGACAGCAUACUCGAUUCCAGCAAAUCUGGCCUCAAUUCACGAUUCCGAAAUGAACGAAUACAUCUUCAAAAUGGUCCAAAAAACGAGCAACCAAGAAGCAUGGAUUGGCCUGUCGAAGCAUUAUUCGAAAGGUUAUGAAUGGGCAGAUUCUUCUGGCGUAAAUUAUCUGAACUGGGCCUCAGGUGAGCCAAGUGAGGUUGCACUUGGAGAGGCUGAUUGCACGGAGAUGAACAAGGCGGGAAACUGGAACAACAGAGACUGCAACAGAAAGAAACUGGCGUCUGUUUGCUCUCAUGCGAGGAAAUGGUCAAAUUGCCAAGUUGCAGAGGGGGAAAAAGAACCUUGCGGUUAUGCCGGCGUCACUGAAUCGAUAUGCAUGGACACAUUCAAAUGCUGUUACGACCCGAACUCGUCGAUGAAAUGCUUCAUUCCUGCGAAUUCAAACUCUAAAAAUCACAAAGAAGAUUCUGAUGGAAUGUCUCCCGGAGGCGCUGCUGCUUUGACCGCUUUUUGUUUUCUUACUUUGCCGGGAGUCAUCUGGGCCGUCAUGAAAUUUUCUGGACGAAAUCAAAUUACUUCGGGCUUUUCGAAUCCACAAGCCAAUUUUUAA